AUGGCUAAUAUUUCAGUCUCACAGCUGCAGCAGAAGCUUGAGUUGAUCGGGAAACUCCGCGAGGAGGUUGAUGAGAUAAAGGUAGAGUCCUUAAAAUGGAAAGAAAAUAUGGACCGCCUUGCUGCAGAGAGAGAGACUGCUCGGGCCCAGUUGUCAUCGACCAAAAGUCAACUUCAGAGCCUGAAAGAGAAAAGCUUGGCUCAAGCAAGGGAAAAGGAGGAGAUCGAGGCUCGGUUGGCCUCUGAACUUGCCGAGGCAGAAAAAACAAAGGCCGAUACAGAUGCAAUGGUGGCUAUUUACCGGGCUGAUGCCGAAGCCGCUCAGUUCCAUACGAGCGAGGUUGCCAAUACCGCUCGAACUCGAGCUCAUUGGAUCGCCGAAUUUGCCAAAUGCCAAACUCGGAGGGAAACCCUCGAGGAGAUCCAUGCUCGGGGCUUCGAUCUUUCUGAAGAGAUAACAAAGGUAACAGAGCUUGAAGCUGAAGCUGGGGCCUUGGCCUCCGAUGAUGAUGACGACGAUGAUAAUGACGACGAUGACGAUGACGGGAGCAAAAGCGGGUCUCAGAGUGAGGAGGAGCACGAUGUAGAAAAGACUGCUCCCGUAGAUGAUUAG